GUCUAUCAGAAGCGUCGUGUGGUCAAGUACACAUGCUGUCCUGAGCCCUAUCCAGAUAUCACGUUUUUCAUCUAUAUUCGCCGGAAAACGCUCUAUUACCUCUAUAAUAUUGUGUUCCCGUGUCUCAUGAUGUCAGUAUUGACUCUACUCGUUUUCAUACUUCCUCCUGACUCCGGAGAGAAGAUCGCGCUCGGCAUCACCGUAUUGCUCGCGUUUUCCGUAUUCGUGCUAGCAAUCGCCGAGAAAAUGCCAGAAACAUCGGAUUCGAUGCCACUUAUCGGCAUCUACCUCACAGUCGUGAUGGGCAUGACGUCCGUUUCUGUCGUCAUGACCGUUCUGGUGCUGAACUGCCACCAUCGUGGCCCAUUCAACGAACCAGUACCGAACUGGGCUCGAGUAUUGGUGCUGGAUCGACUACGACGAUUUCUUCGCAUGAAACUCUCCAACAGAGGCGAAAGCAGGACGAAGAUGUCAAUGAGCUCGAGCAGUAUGAUGAGACGGACGUCAGUGCGAGUCGCGAUGGACGACAUGAGAAAUGAUAUCAUCAACGAAAUGGGUCCGGACUUGCUCAAUGGUAACGGUGGUACUGAAGCGGCUGAUGUGACGGUGUGA